CUCCAAACAAGAAACAACCUUCCUUUUCUAAUUUGUUUUUUUUCUUUUCUUUUACGUACAUCACCGCUACGGUACAGUUGACACCCACGAGAGGGCAAAAAUCCACCGUCUCUGUUACUCACCAUUAUUUAUACUCCCAACGCCCCCCUCUCUCUUCCUACUCUCACUUCCUCCUUUUUCCUUCCCCCAAAUCUCCCCUCUAAAAAUAAUAAUGGAAGGAAAAUCCAUUUCCCUUUCCUUCCUCUUCACUUUCUCUUCCAUUGUCAUUCCCCUCUUUGCCAUUUCUGUCUCUUCCACUUCCCUUCAAUACCAAAAUUUUGUCUUACACUCCCUUCCCCAAACUCAACUUCAGUCCCAAGAUUUCGAUGCCCAGCUAUUUUCCGGCGAUGGGUACGAACCGGAUCCGGAUAACACACUCUCUGUACAGUUGCAUCAUGUCGACUUAGCAUCUCCUUCAUCCUUCAAUGCUACGCCACAUGCUCUGUUCAAGCUCCGUCUCCAACGGGACGCUCAUAGAGCUAAGGCAAUUUCUGACCUCGCCGCUGCUAACAUUACAGUUGGCCGACGCGCCGGAAAGCCCCAUGCUGGUGGUAGGGAUUUUUCUAGUUCUGUUGUUUCUGGACUUUCUCAGGGUAGUGGAGAGUACUUCACGAGAAUCGGUGUUGGUACUCCUUCCAAGUAUGCUUACAUGGUGUUGGAUACUGGAAGUGACGUCGUUUGGAUCCAGUGUUCGCCUUGCAAGAAAUGCUACACUCAAUCCGACCCGGUUUUUGACCCGAAAAAAUCGUCUUCCUUCUUUGGUGUUUCAUGUGGGUCGCCUUUGUGCCGCCGGUUGGACUCUGCUAGCUGUAACCGCAAGAAGUGUCUUUAUCAGGUUUCCUACGGCGACGGUUCUUUCACCGUCGGUGAUUUUUCAACUGAAACAUUAACUUUCAGGGGUACACGUGUUAACAACGUGGCCCUUGGAUGCGGCCACGAUAACGAAGGUUUAUUCGUCGGAGCCGCCGGGUUAUUGGGUCUCGGCCGGGGAAGACUAUCAUUUCCGACUCAAGCUGGUCGGCGAUUCGGUCGGAAAUUCUCAUACUGCCUUGUGGACCGGUCCGCUUCAUCUAGACCAUCCUAUCUAGUCUUCGGCGAAUCAGCGGUUUCUCGAACCGCUGUGUUUACCCCACUCGUCAGUAACCCCAAACUAGAUACGUUUUACUACGUGGAGCUCACCGGAAUUAGCGUCGGCGGCGCUAGGGUUCCUUCCAUCAGGCCGUCGCUAUUCAAGCUAGACGCCGCCGGUGAUGGUGGGGUCAUAGUAGAUUCAGGAACUUCCGUGACCCGAUUGACCCGACCCGCUUACGUAGCACUGAGGGACGCUUUCAGAAUGGGUGCUAGAGAUCUGAAGAGAGCACCAGAUUUCUCAUUGUUCGAUACGUGCUUCGAUCUGUCAGGGAAAACGGAAGUGAAGGUUCCGACUGUGGUUCUGCAUUUCCGGGGAGCUGAUGUGUCAUUGCCGGCGUCGAACUACUUGAUUCCGGUGGACAGUGAUGGUACAUUCUGCUUUGCUUUUGCAGGCACUAUGAGUGGAUUGUCCAUUAUCGGAAACAUUCAGCAGCAAGGUUUCAGGGUAGUGUUUGAUCUUGCUGGUUCUCGCUUAGGCUUUGCUCCUCAUGGUUGUGCUUAAAUUGAUGACACAUUCAAUUGGGAAAAUAUUGCUUCCAAAUUCCCCAGUUUAUUAUGUUUGAUGAUUUCUUUGGUUGGGGUGGAUUAGGAUUAGGAGAAGAGUGUGUGUUUGUAUUAAUCUGCUAAAUUAAUGUUGUAAUACAGGGUUAAGAGAAAGAACCAAUUACAACUAUGUAGUCACAAUUAGUAUAGAUUUUAUAACUCAAAAUACAAUGUGUGUUCUGUAAAAGAUGGGGCGAAGUUGAUAGUUGCUGCAAAAUGUGCGGCGCUGCUUAAACUUGCCAUUGCUUUAUAUAUUUAAUUUGUUUUCUUUGUGUUU